AUGCGCUUCUUCACUCCACUGGCCUUCAUGGCGUUCGUCGUUUCUGUCUGCGCAGUCCCCAUCACACCCUCCGCGCCCACCCUCCAACGCCGUGCCGAACAAUUCCGCCUUCAAGGUCUGCAAGAGCACGAAAUAGCGGAGAAGCUUACGCUCCCAUCUACCACAUCUGCCGAAGACAUAUCCCUACCCUUCUUCUCACACCUGAGCACCAAGUUACGCACACUCCUGCACGACUGCUCCGACUCCGGCGACCACGACGACGAUGUCUCAGGUGACAUUGCCCCGGGGAGUCUGGAGGCGCCACAGAUGCUGCCUCGUCCCACGACAUUAUCCGAGCCUUCCGCCUUGGGGAGAUUUGUGGCGUUUUUAAAGAAGGGCGAUGAGGAGAAGAACUUUGCGUAUGAGGGGAAGGAGUUGGAGUUGAGGCGGCCGACGGGGAUGAGGCAUUGGGGGGCGGCUGAUAAGUGGAGGCUGUUCUAG